AAUCCCUUGGGAUAGCCAGUUCUUCCCCCUUUCAGCCUCCCAUAUCCGUCUUUAUCCCUCUCUCAUCGUCGACGACUGGCAAAUGCUGUGUGAUCAUUUCCUACUGAACCUUGAAAUCAAUCCAUGGCGGAACCGCUGAUCAAUCUCUGAUUCCUUCUUCUCACUCCGAUCCGUCUCCAGUUUCGUAGAUCUGAAAAGCUUUUCAUUUACUUACUAUUUAUGGAAAUGGCUGCAAUAUCUUCAAGCCCGCGCACGGUCGAAGAGAUCUUCAAGGAUUACAGCGCUCGUCGCUCCGGCAUCGUCCGAGCUCUCACUUACGAUGUCGAUGAAUUUUACGCAACCUGCGAUCCAGAGAAGGAGAAUUUGUGUUUGUAUGGACAUCCAAAUGAAACAUGGGAGGUAACACUGCCAGCAGAGGAAGUCCCUCCAGAACUUCCAGAACCUGCUUUGGGGAUUAAUUUUGCAAGAGAUGGGAUGCACAGAAGAGAUUGGCUGUCGUUGGUGGCUGUGCAUACUGAUUCUUGGUUGUUGGCGGUUGCUUUCUACUUUGGUGCUCGCCUUAAUAGGAAUGAGAGGAAGCGUCUGUUCAGCUUGAUAAAUGAUCUUCCCACCGUCUUUGAAGUGGUGACAGAGCGGAAGCAUGUGAAGGACAAGCCAAAUGUGGAUAAUGGAAACAAAUCCAGAUCGAGCACAAAGAGGACAAACGAUGGACAAGCAAAAAGCACCACACCAAGGGUUUAUGACGAGAGUUAUGCGGAAGAUGAAGACGAGCACGGGGAAACCCUUUGUGGGAGCUGUGGAGGGAAUUACAGUGGCGACGAGUUCUGGAUAGGUUGCGACAUCUGUGAGAGGUGGUAUCACGGCAAGUGCGUGAAAAUAACACCUGCGAAAGCCGAAAGCAUCAAGCAAUACAAAUGCCCUUCUUGCAGCACAAAGAAGGCGGGGCGCCCAUAGACGUAACUAAUCUAUUUCUAUCCAACAUGUCAUUAAUUUGGUAGUAGGAUGUUCUCUUUCCCUUCCCUUCCCCCAACCCCUACAACAUAUAUAUAGCAGCAGCAGCAGCAGCAGCAGAUAUAUGUGGUUAUUAAAGUGAUUGGACUUGGUUUAGGAUAUGGUUUCUUUUGCAGGAGAGCAGGAGGUUAUUAGUGAUACAGUGCUUGCAAUUGCCGCCCCUUUGUUGUCAUUCUUGCACACUCUAAUUUGACCUUUUUUUUU